CGGUAACACGACCUUGGUUUGAUCCCAGGCCACUUGGAGCGCUGCAAGUUUAGCAAUUUAUAGUCUCGUGUUCCUAUUGGAUGACGUAUUUCAUAAUUGUUUUGGUAUCGUAGCAACGUGAUCGUGAUUUUUCGUUUAAAUUGCAGUGGAAGUAUAUUGCUACUAUUCUGCUUAAUUUUUAGAUGCAUUCGUAAUAUUUGAUGGUGUGAUGAUUCAGUAUUUACCUUUUUUACUUUUGUUUCAUAUAGAACACGAGGCUGUAUCAUCACAUUACGUUCUGUGGACCCUUGUAUAUUUGUUCCUUCAAAGAAAUACAAUUUCCGUUACUCAAUUUACUUAAAGGACACAUGAGGAUGGAUCAUACAGGAAGAGAAGAAUCCAGUUUGAGGUUGAAAUUGAAAUACUCGCGCAAGUUUCCCGGAUGCAGGAGUAGUUAUUAUGAAAAAACAAAUUCCAAACACAAGAAUAAACAUUUCUAUAAAUUUCCAGGUGCAUCAAAAGUGAGACUUGAAAGAAGUGGAAAUUGAUCUGUAAUAUAGAUGAAGGUGUCAACUGUAGUUAUUAUUAUGUGUGUGAGGAUAAUUUUUAUGAAGCAGACUUUACUAGACACAGGCUAAAUCCUGGUGUUAUACCAAAGCACAUGGAAUUGGUGUUAUAUCACCCUCCCCCCACCCAUCUGUGUUACACUGGUGGUGGUGGUUUCACCACAUCGGGUGCAAAUAUAAGUGUGCACGAGACAAGUUACAAUGCAAAAUCUACAGUAAUACAUUGAAACAGUCCCCCUUUACAGAGCACAGAUGAUGGUGAGUACAGCUUUUUAUCCUCACCUGUUUAUGAUGUUGAAAUUAGUCCAGGUGUAAUGGGAUGUUCCGUUUCUAAACGUGAUUUAACACCAAGAAAAUACAAAAUGUAUAAACUGCAUAGAAUUACAGUUUCCCGAGUGUGUAAAUUGAAAAAAAAAAAAAAAAACAGCUACAGAGUGAGAGGAAUAAAUUGAAAAUUCUAAAAGAGUUGUAUGAUGACAGGAAAUUUCAAUUAAUUGAAGAAGAGUUGAAUGAUGUGACUAAAACUUUUAUUAAGUCAGUUAGGAAAUGCCAAUAUGCAGCCCACAGCAGUAUGGUGGUCUAUAAAAGAUAAGGCAUUUGCUUUAUUUAUUUAUAAGCAUAGUCCUUGGUUGUACAGAUAUUUGGCCACAUACUUCUCCCUCCCAUCUGUCAGGCUUCUCAAGGGAGUGCUUUCCCACAUACCAUUUGAUACAGGACUUAAUCCAGCUUUAUUAAACUUUUUAGCGAGGGAGGUAAGUAAUAUGUAUGAAAAUGACAAGUAUUGUGUUCUACUUUUUGAUGAAAUGUGUCUGGAUGAUGGUAUGUACUAUGAUGCACACAAACAGCUACUCUAUGGGUAUCAGGACUUGGGUCAGUUAGGACAUUCACCUGUAGCUGCUAGUGAAGCAUUGGUUUUCAUGCUGAAAGGCAUUCACAGAACUUGGAAACAAGUUCUAGCAUAUUACUUUACCGCAACCACUUUACACUACACCCAUUUGAAAUCACUCAUUGUUCACAUCGUAAGUGAACUACAGAAUAUUGGGUUCAAAGUGGUUUGUACUGUAUGUGACCAGAAUGCAACAAACCAAAAGGUCCUUAAGCAACUGUGUGAAACAAAUUUGUUGAAGCCCAGUAUAUUUCAUUUUGUCGUCAAUAAUCAACCAAUUGUUACCAAUAAUGAUGUACCACAGCUGCUCAAAAACACUAGAAAUGCUUUGAUAGAUAAUAAAAUUCAAUUUGAACCUCACAAAGCAGCAAAGUUUGAGUACAUCAGUUCUUUUUGGAUAAAAAAACCGUUUCAAAACUCUACCCAAAUUAAAAGCACAACACUUUAACUUUUCUGAUUCCCAUGUCAAAAUGAAGGUAAAAGUUGCUGCUGCACAAAUGAGCCAUACUGUUGCAGCUGCAAUUGAAACAUAUGUUUCUACUCCCACAUUACCAUCCGAAGCUAUACACACAGCUGAGCUUGUGGAAAAGGUAGAUAAUCUCUUUGAUUCACUCAACAGUAAUGAGCAAUAUCCCAGGAAUGGGAAACAAUUUAGGUGUGCUUUAUCAGAAAAUUCGCCACAUUUAGAAAUGUGGUAUAGCAUAUUGAGGGAAAUAGGCAGCUGGCAAAUAAUAGAUUUAAAAACGGGAAGAAACAAGAGUAAUAUGUUUAGCUUCAUAAAAGGUUGGCAGAUUACAUUACAGUCUAUUAUUUUCUUGUGGAAGACCUUUAAAGUGGUUGGCUUUAAGAACUUAAAUUUAAAGGCGUUUAAUCAAGAUGCCUUAGAAAUUUUUUUUUGUUGCAUAAGACAACAUGGUAUUGCUAAUACAAACCCAAGUUGUUUUCAGUUUGUAGAAGCUCUGAAGACUUGUGUUGUCAAUCAUAUGACUUUGCCUUUCAAAGCCAUGAGUGUAAGUAACUGUGAAAAUGAUGAUUACACUCCCUUGAGCAGUGUGUGUCACUUUUUGGCAGCUAGUGGUAGGAGUGAACAUUUAAGUGAAUGUGAGUUGAAUGACACUGAUACACCUGAUCAAAUUUAUUCUUACUCAGAUGGUACCAUCAAGUCUGUAGAAGAUCAACAAUCCUUAGCCUGUGUAGCAGGCUAUUUUCUAAAAGCCAUAGAUGUACCAGAUGAUUGUGAAACAUGUAAUACCAGUCUCUACUCCUCUGCUGUGACUGAAAAUCAUUUGUUUACCUCAUUUAAAGAGAAUAGUGAGGAGCAUUCUCAUUUGAAAUAUCCAAGUGAAAGAGUCAUGAUUUUCCUAAUGUCACUCCAUGAUCAGCUGUAGGAGUAUGUAAAUAGUCAUGGUCACACAACAAGACUACAUGAUAAUAAAAAAAAAUUGUUCUGUCUCAUACAACAAUUUGUAAUAAACAUGACAUUGAAGAGAGACUUCUGAAGACAAGUAUUCCACUUAUAAUAUACAAGUACGUGAAAGAAAAGAAAUUUACAAACGAGAGGAAAUUGUGUAUGCAACAACUUAAAAAGAAGUUCAAAUCAUGUUAAAAGACUUUGUAUUUUGUUUAUUGUGUGUACAAUGAGAGUAAGCUCCCUAUACAUAUACAAAUGUUGUGUUAGAAGCAGAGAAUUACAUGUUCUUGUAUCAAAAUCAUGCCUUUGAUUUGUUAUGACAACAUCUGGUAAUUCGGCAGGAACAUAACUUAACACUUUCUAGAUGUGAUGAUUGGAUUCUAAAAGUAUAAUGAAUAAAGUGCUGUCAAGGGGAAUUUGUGUUAAUUUUCAGUAGUGUACCAAACAAAGUUUUCAAAGAGGAAGUAAAUAAAUAAAAAUGUUAAAGAUAAA